UUAAAUUGAACGGAGAGUGAGAGGAAGGAGGGAAGGAGGGAAGGUGUGAACAGUGAAGUAGCUUACUAGCUUUAGCUAUAUGCGAUGGGAAGGGUGGCCCAUGUUUGAAGGACUUUAACCAAACCACCGCUUUUUUCUCUCUUUGCCGCUAUCGCUGAGAUUCAGAUUCACAAUUCACAAAACCCACCCUCCCAAAAAUAAAUAAAAUAUAAAAAUAAAAAAUAAAAAUUAGAAGAAGACAGAGCUCUCACGAAACAACACACACUUUUCUCUUUCUCUUUCUCCUUCUCCGUCUUCACCGCAUAGAAGAAUUAGAUCAAAGAACCCUUGUUUCUUUGUCCCUAUCUUCUUCAUUUCUUCCCAUUUGCUGCGCCUCCGGACAUUACGAUGUUCCUCACCGCCACAACCUUCCUUUCCUUCCUGAUUAUGUGGGUGGAUGCUGUCGGCGUGGAUAUUUCCUUGGACCAAUGCAGGGCGAACUAGAAGAAUUUACAAGCCCCAACGAAAGUGCCUCUAGAAAGAUGCAAACACCGGAUGCUGGAACAGAACAAUGUCAUUUGUCAGAGAAAACAUCUCAGGUGGGUUCCGAAUGUUUAGACAACAAGCAAGGUGUGCCUGGCAAUGUGUUAGGCAGUUCUCUUAUUGAUGACCAAGCUUCUGAGAAAAUGACCAAGAGUUCUGAGUGUUUGGACAACAAGCAGAGCAUGCCUAGUGAUGUGUUAACAAGCUCCAUGAUUGAUGAAAACUCAAACCGUGUGGCCGAGAAUCCUGAGCUUUUGGACGACAAGCAAAGCAUGCAUAGUGAUGUGUUAACCGAUUCCGUGAUUGAUGAAAAAUCAAACCAAGUUUCUGAAAAAAUGACUGAUGGUACGCAGUGUUUGGGCAACAAGAAAAACUUGCAAGGUGAAGUGUUAACCAAUUGUGUAAUUGAUGAAAAAUCAAAUGAGGUCUCUGAAAAAUUGAUCGAGGGUCCUGAGCAUUUGGCCAGCAGGCAAAGCAUGCAUAGCGAUGAUGCAUUGACCAAUUCCGUGAUUGAUGAAAAAUCAAACCAAGUUUCUGAUAAAAUGUUUGAGUGUCUUGAGCAUUUGGCCAACAAGCAAAGCAUGCAUGGUGCUGUGUUAACCAAAUCUGUGAUUGAUGAAAAGUUAAAUCAAGUUUCUGACAAAAUGACUGAGAGUCCAGAGUGUUUGGACAACAGGCAAAGCCUGCAUGGUGAUGUGCUAACCAAUUCUGCGAUUGAUGAAAAAACAAACCAAGUAUAUGAAAAAAUGACUGAGAGUCCUGAGCGUUUGGACAAGAAGCAAGGCAUGCAUGGCGAUGUGUUAAUCAAUUCUGUGAUUCGUGAAAACUCAAACCAUGUUUCUCGCAAAAUGACCGAGAGUUCUCAGUGUUUGGACAACAAGCAAAGUGUAAUUGACGAGGUGUUAACCAGUCAUGUGAUUGAUGAAAAAUCGAACCAAGUUUCAGACAAAAUGACAGAGAGUUCUCAGUGUUUACACAAUACACAAAGCAUGCCAAGCAAUGUGUUAACCAGCUCUGUUAUUGAUGAAAACUCAAACCAAGUUUCUGGAAAAAUUAUUAGGGGUGCUGUUAUUGCACUGCCUGCACAGCGCCAGCGUGAUUUGAAAAAGAGUUGUCAAACUGCAGAAGGUUCAUGCUCUCAUCGGAGUACCUCAGAACAAGACCCCUCUCAUUUGUCUAAUGACAAAUCAGAGAUCAAAUGUCAGCCUUUUUCUCAGAAUGGCCAAAAUGUGUCCGUGGAAAUAAAUAAUCCUGUAACUGGCUCUCUUGUUGAGAACCAAACGCUAUCUGUUCCAACACAAGUGAACACCACCUCUGCAAAUGGACUACAGGAUCCAGCUCCAGCAUCUGUAGAUGUGAAAAAUACUGGUUUGAAAUGUUCAAAAAGAAACUCUACAGCCACAACAUCUAUGCAGUUGAGCUGCAAGGGUAAAAAAAGCUCAAAAUUAUUAAAGAAGAAGUAUAUGCUAAGGUCAUUAGGAAGCAGUGAUAGAGCUUUGCGAUCAAGGACACGCGAAAAACCUAAACCACCUGAGUCAAAUAGCAAUUUGGUUGAUGCUAAUAAUGAUGGCGUGAAGAAUAAAAGGGGGAAGAAGAAGAACAAAAAGAGAGACGGGGAAGGAGUUAUUGAUGAAUUUUCUAGAAUAAGAGCUCGCUUAAGAUAUUUAUUGAAACGAGUUAGCUAUGAGCAGAACUUGAUUGAUGCUUAUUCUAGUGAGGGCUGGAAAGGAUACAGUUUGGAAAAGUUAAAGCCUGAAAAGGAGCUUCAACGGGCUAAGACUGAAAUACUUCGACGUAAAUUGAAAAUGAGGGAUCUCUUUCGAUAUUUGGAUUCAUUGUGUGCUGAAGGAAGGCUUCCUGAAUCUGUGUUUGAUUCUGAAGGAGAGAUUGACAGUGAGGAUAUAUUCUGUGCAAAAUGUAGUUCCAAAGAGUUGAGCACAAACAAUGAUAUAAUUCUCUGUGACGGUGCUUGUGAACGUGGAUUUCACCAGCUUUGUGUGGAUCCUCCUUUGUUAACUGAAAACAUUCCACCUGGCGAUGAGGGUUGGCUAUGCCCGGGAUGUGAUUGCAAAGAUGACUGUAUUGAACUUGUUAAUGACUCCUUAGGAACACGUCUCUCUCUUGAGGAUAGCUGGGAGAGGGUUUUUCCAGAAGCAGCUGCAGUUGAUGCAUUCAAUGUGGAUCACAACUCAGGACUUCCUUCUGAUGAUUCUGAUGAUGAUGAUUAUGAUCCUGAUGUUAAAGAAGAUGUGGAGGCUGAAGGGGGUGAAUCAAGUUCUGAUGAAUCUGAGUAUGCUUCUGCUUCUGAGAAAUUGGAGGAUUCAGGCCAUGAGGAUCAGUACAUGGGCCUUCCUUCUGAAGAUUCUGAGGAUGAUGAUUAUAAUCCUGAUGCUCCAGAUCAAGACAUGAAAGUUGCAGAGGAAAGUUCGAGCUCUGAUUUCACAUCUGAUUCUGAGGAUCUUGCUGCUACAAUUAAUGAUAAUAUGCCCCCAGGACACGGUGAAGAUAUCACAUCUGCAUCAUUGGAUGGUGCAAAGAAGUUUAAAGGAUCCAGCAAAACAAGUAAAGUUGGUAAGAAGCCAUCUAUAACUGAUGAAUUGUCAUCUUUACUAGAGGCAGAUCCUGGCCAAGAGAGUUACACUCCUGUUUCGGGGAAAAGAAAUGUGGAAAGGUUGGACUACAAAAAGCUGUAUGAUGAGACAUACAAAAGUGAUACUAGUGAUGAUGAUGAAGACUGGAAUGCUACUGCUACCCCAACUAGGAAGAAGAAUGUCACUGGUAAAUUGACUCCAGUGUCACCAAAUAGAAAAGCCUCAAAUAAUUCUACACAUACUCUGAGAAGUGACGGUAAAGCUGAAAAAACAAAUAACUCAGCUGCUAAAUCACUUGAAGGCUCUGGAAAAUCAGGUUCCGGGGAGAAAAAACUAAGAUCUUCAACAUACAACAGACUUGGAGAUGUUGCAAUUGAGAGACUUUACAAAUCUUUCAAAGAGAAUCAGUAUCCAGAUCGGACCACAAAAGAAAGCUUGGCACAAGAAACAGGACUCACACUUCAGCAGGUAAGUAAAUGGUUUGACAACACCAGAUGGAGCUUUAGGCAUUCAUCCCAUAAGGAACCCAGGACAGGUGAAAAUGCUUUGGCGCAGACCACUGAUAACAUAUCUGAAAAUGAGGUGGCACCUGCUGGAGAGAACAGGGACAGUGAAUUAUUCCCCCAAGAUGUCACCGGAGAAAACUCAAAAACCCCAAGCUCUAAAAAGAGGAAGGGUAUGUCUGAACCCCUGGCAUCUGAGUCUCCUCAGAAUGCUGAUAAAGCAUCAAGUCAUAAAAUGAAGACAAGGAAAAGAAAAUGACACAUUGUUGAUGACUGAAGCUUAAUAUCUUUCAAAGCAGCCAAAUUAAGGUAUCCAACCUGUUGUGCGAUUUAAGUCUCUAAGAUGAUCAACUUUGGAUCUUGUGGAUUUGAAUGUGUGCCAUUUGUAAUCUUAGAAAAAUAGUUUUUUAGAUGUCCAUCCUAGCAGAUUUAGUUUUAGCUUUUCCCCUCAUGCGAAUUGCAAACACUCAAUAGUUGCCCUGUACCCUUUUUAAUAUUAUUUUUUUUAGGAUCAUUUUCAUUUACAGAGACCCCAUUCCUUCAUUUUUUGAGGGUUGUAUGCCAACAAGACAAAACGCCAAAGUAGAAGAUGAAUAUUAGGGGAGAUCUUUUUUCUUUAAACAUUAGAAUUCAAUUUUCAUCAUUCUAUUGAGAUGUAGGCAAUAGUAACAGCUUAUAGCAGCUAGUGUUUUAUUAUACAUUACAACUUACAACUUACAAGUUGCACAACAUGCAACACUCGUCUUGCUAUUUGAGGGUUAUAUUCUAUCA